CGCCGCUAGCGACGAUUGUGACUUUUUUUGUGUGCGUGUCUUUUUGUAUCUGAUCGGAGACACAAUGAUGACAUGUUUGACCCACAAUGCAGCUCGGCGGCGCGCGCGGGAUUAGCCGCGAGUUAAGAUAGCUAGCCAGCUAGCCGCCAGCAGGUGAAUGCGCCUGCCGCUGCCGCUGGGCUCCAGGCCGGCCCAUGGACCGCCUCCAUGGACGUUCCCCCCAAAGCGGCUUCGGCGGAGCACACGUCGAGCCCCGGGCCGCCGGGCGUCCCCUCCUCGAAUGAAGCGAAUAUUUUCCGCUGGCCCAGGCCGGAGGAGGAGGACGGGGAGACCAGCGACGAGCCGGAGGCGGCACCUGCCGGCCGCUGGACGGCCGUGUUCGACUACGAAGCGACGGCGGACGACGAGCUGAACCUCCGCCGGGGGGACCAGGUGGAGGUUCUGUCCAAGGACUCGCUGGUGUCCGGGGACGAGGGCUGGUGGACCGGUGUUGUGGCCGACCGGGUGGGCAUUUUCCCCUGCAACUAUGUCAGCAGGGGCGUGCCGGAGGAGAGGCGGGCCGCCUCGUCGCAGGAAGUGCCCCCCUUGCACCUCUUGGAGAUCGACUUCUCUGAGCUAGCCCUGGGGGAGAUCAUCGGUGUGGGCGGCUUUGGCAAGGUGUAUCGGGCGGUGUGGCGCGGCGCCGAGGUUGCGGUGAAGGCGGCGCGGCGGGACCCCGACGAGGACGCCGAGCAGACGCUGGCCAGCGUGCGGCAGGAGGCCAAGCUCUUCGCCAUGCUGGAGCACGCCAACGUCAUGGCGCUGCUUGGCGCGUGCCUGCGCCAGCCCAACCUCUGCCUGGUGAUGGAGUACGCCCGCGGAGGCGCCCUCAACCGAGCGCUGGCAGGCAAACGCGUGCCGCCCUGCGCCCUGGUGGACUGGGCGGUACAGGUCGCCCGAGGCAUGCGCUACCUGCAUAACCAGGCCAUCGUCACAAUCCUUCACAGAGACCUCAAGUCCAGCAAUGUCCUCAUCCUGGAGAGGCUUGAGAGGGAUGAUGACCUGAGCAACAAGACUCUGAAGAUCACAGACUUUGGGCUGGCACGUGAGUGGCAGCGCACCACCAAGAUGAGCGCGGCGGGCACCUACGCCUGGAUGGCGCCCGAGGUCAUCCGCUCGUCCACCUUCUCCAAGGGUAGCGACGUUUGGAGUUACGGCGUGCUGCUGUGGGAGUUGCUGACGGGCGAAGUGCCUUUCCGGGGCAUCGACGGCCUGGCGGUGGCGUACGGCGUGGCCAUGAACAAGCUGGCGUUGCCCAUCCCCUCCACGUGUCCCCAGCCCUUUGCUCGCCUCAUGGAGGGCUGCUGGAGCUCAGACCCUCACUCCCGACCGCAUUUCGCCGACAUUCUGGACCAGCUGACCGCCAUCGAGGAGUCGGGAUUCUUCGAGAUGCCGCCCGAGUCCUUUUGCUCGUUGCAGGAUGACUGGAAGCUGGAGAUACAGGAGAUGUUUGACCAGCUCAGGACCAAGGAGAAGGAGCUGCGUUCGUGGGAGGAGGAGCUGACGCGGGCGGCGCUGCAGCAGAAGUGCCAGGAGGAGGCUCUGCGGCGGCGCGAGCAGGAGCUGGCCGAGCGGGAGAUCCACAUCCUGGAGCGCGAGCUCAACAUAAUCAUCCACCAGCUGUACCGCGAUAAGCCGCACGUGGAGCGCCGCCAGGGAAAGUUCCGGCGCCACCGCCUCAAAGUCAAGGAUGGCAACAGGAUCAGCCUGCCGCUAGAUUUCCAGCACAAGAUCACUGUGCAGGCAUCGCCGUCCCACGACCGUCGCAGGAGUUUGCUCAGCAGCGGCUCCAGCCCACCAACCAGCCCGCCACUUCUCCUUCGCCUCCGAGCCAUACAGCUCACGCCACGGGAGGGUUGCUGCGGCGGCUGGGCUCGUAGCGCAGGCGAAGAGGAGAUUGAAAGGAGGGGCUCCAGGAAGAAGGGCAGGACGGGAGGGUGCGGACCACAGCGGGAGCACAGCGCCGACGCCAGCGUGAGGCCCGUCGCCGAGGGCAACCGCCAGCGCUCCUGCAGCGCCCCCAACCUGCGCCGUUCCCCCAGACACAGCCCCGCCGUGCCGGGAGUGCCCAGCCUGCUGGAGAUUGAAAAUGAAGACUGCUGCUUCGUGAGCGGCUCGGGAGCGCGGCCAUCUGAGUCGUACCCGUGCCCGCCCGGCCAAGAAUACGACCAAUCGGGAGCCGGCGAGGAUCCCUUUGCGGACGUCCAUGUUCCGGGAGCCACGCCCAGCCGCAAGAGCCCCGGCAGCGGUCGUCGCACGGACCUGGUGCUGCUGGGCUGCGGCGCCCUGCUGGCGGCGGUCGGGCUGGGCGACGGCCUGCUGACGUCGGCUCGGCCGGAGGAGGGCAUCAAAUCGCGCUGGGACGCCUUCUUCCACACACACAGACUAUUUCGGCGAGAUAGCCCGCUGAGGAUUCCGCCAUCUUCGCCUUCAGACCGCGACUCGUCCACGCGCUCGCUGCUGCGCUCCGUCGACGACGAGCCGCCGGUGGUGCCGCCCGCCCGUCGUCACGGCAACGCGCUGGUCAACACCCACCUGGAGAGCUUCAAGCGGAAUCCACGGCAGUCGCUCACCCCCACGCACGUGCCCUGCGCACGCGGCGCCGUCACCGCACGCACCGGGAGCCUACGACGCACGCCGUCUGAUGGGGCCAUCAAGAAGAGCUGCCCGCAGAACAACCUCGAACCUUUGCCGGAGCAAACCAUCUUGGAGAACAGAAGGGACGCCUUUCGAGGUUUUAUAGACAACUUCUCGGCUGUCCCCCGCCUCCCGGACCCCAACGUGGUGUUCCCGCCCACCCCCCGCCGACGCUGCGCCCUCGAGCGUCCUAAAACCUUGGACAUCCUGGCGCGGCCUCGGCCCUCGCCGCGGCCUCGCUGCGACGCCUUCCGUCCAGAGGUGCGGGGCCGCGGCGGGGGCGGCGACUCUCCGGCGGCGCACACCUCCAGCACGGAGACGCCGCCCACUGCGGAGGAGGCACCCACGCCUUACUACCCCAACAGGGGGCGCAACCUGCUGGACGCAGAGGACGAGGGGCAGUGCCGCGACGGCACCGUGCCGCUGUGCAGCAAAGACUCUGUGGGAUACUGGUGCUGACUUUUAAACACAAAGCUCACUUAAUCCCCAAUCCCUAUAUAAGGACUUUUAUAUAGUGAAUUAUAUAGUCCACGAAAAAUUCCAUGAGGGCGUCGGGAAUGAGUGAAUGAUUCUGAUUCUGUUUGGAAUCGUUCACUCAUUCCCGACGCCUUAAUCACUAUAUAGUGAAACAUCGGUUUUCGUUAUUAAUCCGUUCCAAAACGUCUGACUAAAAUCAAACGGUACAAAAACUGAACGGAGCAAUAUUUCCAAUAAGAAAUCAUGUCAAUACAAUUCAUCAGUCCCAGAUGCACAAAAAUAUGAACUCGGUUAUUGAGAAUAACUAUUGUUUUACAUAAAUAUCAAUGGGUAGCCCGCAUAAUAGCGUUGUCUCGUCAAAGGUACAACUUAAAGUUUCAUGUUUUACUACUUUUGCUACAAGCGGCGUAUUAGCGUUGUUAGCGUGUCAUACAUCAUAUGCUGUAAGCGGGAAGAAAUGGUAACGGCAUAUUACCGCUGUAGUCUCUUCCUUAGCAUUUUUCACAUCUCAUACGUUGUAUGCUGUAAGCGAGAAGAAAUACUUAGUUUCCUAGCUUAUUAGCGUUGUUGUCUUGUCAACGGUACCAUUUCAAGUUUCAUGUUUUACAUCUGCUAUAAGCAAGAAGAAAAUGCUGACAUCGUUAGCAUUAUUUGCAUCUCAUAAAUUGUAUGCAGUAAGCGAGAACAAAUGCUAACUUGCCUAGCUUAUUAGCGUUGUCGUCUUGUCAACAAUACCAUUUCAGGUUUUUCGCAUGUUUUACAUCUGCCAUAAGCAAGAAGAAAAUGGUAACUUCUUUAGCAUAAUUAGUGUCUAAUGUCGGAUGCUGUAAUUGAGAAAAAGGGUGGUAAUCACCCAACGAGAAUUAAAGGCGGACUGAAGGCCCUUUCGCACUGCACUUAGCACAGCGCAAGGCACAACGGCGUGCCGCGGAUGUUGGCGACCCGCAGAAUGGCUCAUUGAUUCCGGCAAACGAGUGGCCGAGUCACACGUUUUUGGCACGAAAACCGAGCGGCUGUACGAAAACUGGGACAAGAUUUCGAUGAAAAAAGUCGUCCGAAUUGUACCAAAAGUAGGGUAUAUGAAAACCGAGGUUCCCCUGUAUAGGGAUUAUUAUAUAGUGGACGAUGUAGUUUACUAAAAAUCCCUAUCUAGCGAUUCGGAAGUAGGGAAGGCGUAAAUGAUUCUGAACGCGCUCAGAAUUAUUCACUCGUUCCCGAAUCAUGAUAAGCACUAAGCAAAAAGCAUCAUGAAUGUACACGCGCUGGAUUGACUCACAAUUGUUUGGCGUUCAUGUUUUAAAUAGAGUGACACUUCACGGAUGCGCCAUUUACACUAUAGCAGCAGCAGCUUGUUUGCAGCCUACUUAAAGGGAACGUCCGUUAUGUAUUUGAAUAUGUAUUCUGCAUCGUUUAUCGUUUAUCAUGUGAGGAGCGUUCAAAUGCACGCGUGUCUCUCUCCUGAUUUAUUAUUAGGGCCCGAGCAGCAACUGCUGCAAGGGACCUAUAGUAAUCGUAAGAAUUAUUUAUUACUUAUGUUUGUUACUUAUUGCAUUUGUGACCCGAUUCACUGCAAUCUUAAAUGUUGAAAAUUGUAAAGCCUUUUAUUCAUUAUUUCGCUUUCAAGGUUAUUUGUCAUUAGUCAUUUAUUUAUUUACCUGCCAACUACAGUCACUUGAGGAGAAAUUUCAUUCGUCGAGAGAUUAUCGGAACAAAUUGCACUCGUAUAUAAAUACGGUGGGUCGCAAAAAUGUAUUAAAAUGAGCGUCGAAAGUCCUCACAAAAAAUAUAAAUUGAGGCUUAAAAAAUGUCAAAUCAGCAUCAUAAAAAAACAAAAAAAAUAAAUUAAAAAUUAUUGAGGCUGAAAAGCAUUAACAUCAGACUGUCAAAUUUUUAAUAAAUAAAUCCUUGAAAUAAAAAAAAUUGAGGCUCCCAAAAAUGAACAUCAAAACAGUGAAAUAAUAAAAAAAAUCAAAUAAAAGUUAAGCCUCACAUAAAUGAUCAAUUUGAAACAUUUUAUUUUAAACAAUUAAAAAUUGAGGCUCAUAAAAAAGUCAUGGCACAGUGAGCCAACUGGUUAGAGCAUCCGCCUCACAGUUCUGAGGACCGGGGUUCAAUCCCCGGUGGAGUUUGCAUGUUCUCCCCGUACCUGCAUGGGUUUUCUCCGGGCGCUCCGGUUUCCUCCCACAUCCCAAAAACAUGCAUGCUAGGUUAAUUGACAACUCUAAAUUGCCCGUAGGUGUGAAUGUGAGUGCGAAUGGUUGUUUGUUUCUAUGUGCCCUGCGAUUGGCUGGCGGCCGGUUCACGGUUUACGCCGCCUCCCGCCCUAUGAUGGCUGGGAUAGGCUCCGGCGAUGGAUGGACAAAAAAGUCACGAAGUGAACAUCAGAGCCUUAAUUUUGUUCUGUAAAAAUGAAAUCCAAACAAUACUAAAUUUUAUAGAACAGUCCUAAAUAAUUUUAAAAAAGAAUACAAAAAAGUAUACUAAAUACAAUUAAUUUAAUCAGAAUUGGGGGGGAGAAAAACAAAAACUUUUUUGAACAGAAUAACCAUCCAUCCAUGCAUUUUCUUCCGCAUCUGAGGUCGGGUCGCUGACUUCCCAGAAGACUUCCCUUUCCGUCCUGCUCUUCCGGGGGGAUCCCGAGGCGUUCCCAAGCAAGCCAGAACAUACAGUCU